CGUGGCUGCACCAUGACACUGACUGCCCACCUCUCCUACUUUCUGGCCCUGUUGUUAGCAGGCCAAGGCCUCAGUGACUCCCUCCUCCCCAAGGAUGCAGUUCCCCAACCACUGGAGCUGAAGGAAGUCUUCAAGCUGUUCCAGAUCCAGUUCAACCGAAGUUACUCGAACCCAGCUGAGUACACUCGCCGUCUGAGUAUCUUUGCCCACAACCUGGCUCAGGCUCAAUGGCUACAGCAAGAAGACUUGGGUACAGCUGAGUUUGGAGAGACUCCAUUCAGUGACCUCACAGAGGAGGAGUUUGGCCAGUUAUAUGGGCACCAGAGGGCACCAGAAAGGAUCCCCAACAUGGCCAAAAAGAUAGAGUCUGAAAAGUGGGGGCAAUCUGUGCCCCCCACCUGUGACUGGCGUAAAGCAACAAACAUCAUCUCAUCGAUCAGGAACCAGGGAAACUGCGCGUGCUGCUGGGCCAUGGCAGCAGUGGACAACAUCCAGGCUCUGUGGAGCAUCAACCACCACCAGCGUGUGGACCUCUCUGUGCAGGAGCUGCUGGACUGUAACCGCUGUGGAAAUGGUUGCAACGGUGGCUUCGUGUGGGAUGCAUAUAUAACUGUCCUCAACAACAGUGGCCUGGCCAGUGAAAAGGAUUACCCAUUCCAGGGGCACUGGAAGCCCCACAGAUGCCUAGCCAAGAAGUACAAGAAGGUGGCCUGGAUCCAAGAUUUCACCAUGUUGUCCAGUAAUGAGCAGGCAAUUGCCGGCUACCUGGCCGCCCAUGGGCCUAUCACCGUGACCAUCAACAAGAAGCUACUACAGAAUUACCAGAAGGGUGUGAUCAAGGCUACACCCGGUUCCUGUGACCCUCAUCAUGUGGACCACUCUGUCUUGCUGGUGGGUUAUGGCAGAGAGAAACGGGGCAUGCAGACAGGGAUGGCCUUGUCCCAUUCUCGAAAACCUCGCCGCUCCACCCCCUACUGGAUCCUGAAGAACUCCUGGGGAGCUCAGUGGGGCGAGAAGGGUUACUUCAGGCUCUACCGGGGAAACAACACCUGUGGAAUCACCAAGUACCCGCUCACAGCUCGAGUGGGCCCACUAGUCAAGAAGCCACCAAUUUCUUGUCCACCUUGAGGCCAGCAGCCAUUCUUCAGCCUCUCCCACAUGGCCACUGCCCCUUGUCAGCUCUGCUUUGAGUUUCUGCCUGACUUCCCCAUCCUCUCUGUAUGGCUUCAUAAACCGAGUCAUGCUCCGUG